GAGGCAAAGGGAGAGGGUUAACUUGUGCAGUUCCCUCCUCCUGACGUCGACUGUGAACUCGCACUCUCCCGCAUGCACUACACACGCGCUCACAACCUCACCCGGCUGAGGUCGACAGAGAGGCGCUGAACACGCUGUGUUUUGCUCAGAGCUGAGUUUGGUCUCCCUCCUUUUCGCCUCCCGUGAUCUCCUCUGGCCUCAUCGCUCCAUGGGACUCCAGACCUGGCCACCAAGCAAGCCACCACUGCCCUCCAUGGCCUGCCUUGAUGUGGAGACCCCUUCCAUCUGCAGGGGUAAAUUCAAAUCAGUCCUGCAGCUGUGUUUGCAGCAGAGGAGAAGUCGGGAGCAGCUCGUGGAGCAAGGCAUCAUGCCACCUCUAAAAUCACCUGCUGCCUUUCAUGAACAGAUUCGCAAUCUGGAGAGAGCCCGAACUGGGAACUUCCUGAAGCACAAACUCUGCAGCAGACCAGAGCGCUCUGAAUUGGUCCGUAUGCACAUCCUGCAAGAGACGCAGGCAGAGCCCUCCCUGCAGGCCACACAGAUGAAGCUGAAGAGAGCCAGGCUGGCUGACGAUCUCAACGAAAAAAUUGCUAAGAGGCCUGGACCUCUGGAGCUGGUCGAGAAGAAAAUCCUGCCUGUUGACUCUGUUAUUGAGGAGCUCAUCGAUGGUAAUGAGGCAGAUUGCUCUCAGACGUUGCCUGCCUCAGAUGUUUACAGCUUUGAUGAAGACAGCGGUGAUGCAGUUUCGCCACUGCAGUCUAACAGCCAACCGUCACCGCGCUCACAUGCUUCCCCAUCAGAGUCCGAAGGGGCAGAGGCCACGUCUGUCCUCAAAGCUCCCACACAACACUCAGUUCUAAGCCCCAAAGCCACCACAGAUGUAGUCAACACCAAGCAACAGAGCAACCAGCAACCCCGUCUGUCCAACACCAACUCUCCGUCAGGUCCAGUUCUUGUAAAACAAAGCUUGGCCAGGCUACCAGCUGACAAAACCCGGGGCAAGAAAAGCAAAGAGCCCAGGCCGCGGGUGAAAAAACUGAAGUACCAUCAGUAUAUUCCCCCUGACCAGAAGCAGGAGCACAAUGAAGUGCAGAUGGACUCCUCUUAUGCUCGUCUCCUGCAGCAGCAGCAGCAGUUCCUGCAACUCCAGAUCCUGAGCCAGCAGCAGCAGUACAGCUACCAAACCAGCCGGCCUGCUUUGAUCCAGUAUGACUCCAGUACUAAAUUCAGAUCAACAAAUGAGGCACAAACCAGCUGUUCAGCUGUUGUUCUCAAAGGAAACCGUCAGACCGCUCCUGCACAGCUCCUCCCCACCACGACCAAUCACAGACCAGAGCAUUUACCGGCUAAUCUGGAUGAGAUGAAGGUUUCUGAGCUCAAAAUGGAGCUGAAGCUCAGAUCUCUGCCUGUUUCUGGGACUAAGACCGAUUUAAUCGAGAGGCUUAAGUUGUUUCACGAGAGCUUGAACAUCCAGAGUGCUGUUGCCACGGAAACUACUGCUGCUAAAGCUGCCUCACAGUCUGAAAACGUCAAGUCACCUCCGCCGGUUUCUGUGAUAGCUUCCAAAGUGUCCAACCUGGGCAUAAAUGACAAUAAUAUGAGUCCAAACUUCAACACAUGUAUAAGUCCCCAACAGGGAACAACUCAAGAGGAGAGUCCCACACAGAAAAGUUCCACUGAGAAGGACUCCGAAAAGGACAAGCGUCUGCAUGAAAAGGAGCGACAGAUCAAGGAGCUCAUGAGGAAGCUGGAGCAGGAGCAGAAGCUGGUGGAGGAGCUGAAGAUGCAACUGGAGGUGGAGAAAAGAAGUCAGCAGGGGGACUGUCCUCUUCAGCUCAGCCCUUUGGUUCCUCUCCAGAUUAAAAAGGAAAGCAGGACCCCAUCCAGCUGCUCGGUCUCCUGCGGCUCUCCCUCUCUGCUGGUCAAACAAGAGGAGUCUGUGGAUCAGAACCGCAUGAGCAGCACAAACCCGUUCAUCAUCUGUCACCAGACUGCCGCGCAGCCCGACGGCCUGCAGACUGUCCAGUCCAGAGCUCAGGUCCUGCUGCCCCCCACCCAACCAGCACCGGUGGAGCUGCACGGUGCCGCCAGCAGCACAGCUCCAGGCCACAUCCAGACCUCUGGACAGAUGCCACAGAAAACACAGGUCUCAGCAGCAUUACAGCAACAAUGCAGCACUCAAACCAAGCAACUGAAAAACAAGACACAAUUCACAAACCAAGUGAGAAAAACCAAAGAUCCACCUCGCUACGAGGAUGCCGUUAAACAGACGCGCAGCAUGCUGGCUGCAGUUCAGAUUCCCACUGCAGCAAGCCAACACAUGGAUGACCUCUUCGAUGUGCUGAUUGAAAGCGGCGAGAUCUCUCCUUUCAUCAGGCAGGAACCUCCCGGUCUGGACAAGCCUCUCCCGGUGACAGCCAGCGUAACCACCCUUCCUAUCAACACGGUGCUGUCCCGGCCUCCGCCCUUGGUUCAGGUGGCUCAGCUGCCCGGCUCCACCCUCAACUCCUCCGCCACCUUGACCGGGUUGACCUCCAACACCCAGCUGGAAAACCUAUUAGACAACACGCUGGACGCUAAAACACAGAAACUGAAGCUGACGGAGGAGUUACAGUCACCUAUGGAGGAGCUCCUCAUUGAAAGCACACCACCUUCUGGUCCAAACCUGGACAACAGCAACAUAGACAACAUGGACUGGUUGGACCUUACGCUGUCUGCACCCGCAGAGGGAGUUAACCCUUUGGACAUGUCAAUAUCUGUGGGUGUCUUCUCCCCAGACUUCCUGGAUUCCCAUGAACUGCAGAUGAACUGGGACUGACUGCAUAAAGGUGAAUUCUCUAAUCUGUCAUUCCAAAGUCAUAUUUUGUUUUUCGAUGGGAUCAUUUGUUCUUUAAUGAUCGGAAGUUGCAAGGUGAGGUUGGAGCAGGCAGAUUUUUUUUACGUUUUAUUUAGGCCUCUGUACAUAGAGAAAGAUGAAAUGGUACUUUUGAGCUUAAACCUGAAGCUGUUAAAGUUCUGCACAUCAUUUAUUGGGCUUCAUGCUUAGUGAACACAGACUUAUUGUUCUGUCGGGAUACCAGACUACAUAAAAUAUGCAAAUGUUUUUGUCCUUACUGGGAAAGAUUUGCAUUAAAGCUUUUGUGUGUGUUUUUUUUACUGAGUUGCAAUAUCUAAAAAAAAAAAAAUUUAAAAUGACAGCACAUAACACAACUGCCAGUUGGAUGUCAACUCUCUGCUCUUUUGUUUGUUUUGCACAAAUGUUUCUAUUCAGAUGCAUAGAAAGCAGAAGUAACCUGUAGAUGAGCAAUUAUGCAGUAGUUUGGAGUUGCCUGCUUUAAAAUUAAAAGGCAAAAACAUUUAACUGAAUAAAAGUCAAAAUACAAGAACACAUUGCUCAGUUUAAACUUUAAAUAUUUAAAGUUAAAGUAGAUUUUCUUUUUUCUUUUAGCAAAAGUUCAAAGAACUUAAAGUGCACACUGCUGCUUCUUCUAUACUGGAAGCCAAAACAUUUUGGCGGGACAUUAACUUUGACCUAGUCUAUCAUUUCAUAGGAUUUAAAAUGUGAGUUUGGUUGCCAACAAGGUGGCAAAACCAGUCCUAACUUCUAUUUCAUAAUACUCUUUGAACAUUUCCUAAUUUCAUAACUAGUUCUGUAGGUCUGUAGUGAAAUUGACAGCCCACUUCUGAGGAACUGUUAGUCCUUUGAACCUCAUCUUAAGGCAGUUGCUCAAAGAAUCUGCUUCACUGCAGGAAUCACGGGAUUCUGAUGCAUUGACUUCUAAAGUGUUUUUCUUUCUUUUAAUUUUUUUAUUAGUAUUUUUUUCCACUUUUUCCUCCAUGAUCCAUUUUCACAGUUUUAAAGGGAAAAUAAUAUUCUCAAAAAACAAAUUUAAACAAAAACUCAAGUGGGAGCCUUUUGUUUAGUUGCACAUCAGCGUCCUCUGGUGGUCACAUUUGGUUAGACAAAUCCUAAACGUAUUUAAAAAAACAAAAAACUUCAUGAUGAAUAAAAACAUCAUGCACUUCAGUGUUUUUUAUUUAUUUAGGAAGACUAUGCCAUUAGUAUUUUUCUGUCUGUAACCCUUGUGCUAUCCUAGUCACUUUGACAUUGGGAGUUGGGUCAUGUAGACCCACUAGACAGUGCUCUGAACCUUUUUUCUUCAAUGAUUUGUGAUCUUCACUGGUGUCCAUAGAUUACAUGAAAUCUUUCCACCUUUAUCCACCUCUGUCAUGGUAGGGAGAACACGUCAAUGUGAGGGUGGGGUCAUUUACGAUAGCACAAGGGUUAAAUCAAUCACUUUAAGUUCCUGAAAUUUUAUAAACUGAGUCAUUUAGCGGUGAAAAGAGUGAUUUUUUUUUACUUUGUUUUUGUUUCUCAUUAACGCCUGAUGUGAGUUUCCUAUAAGGGUUAUGUGCUGGAAAUAGAAAUGCUUUGUCUCUUUAUUUGUGUUCUUCAAAACCAAAAGCAUUGUAACUUGUACUUCGUAGACCAUAUAUAAAUAUUGUAUUUAAAUAUGUUUUU